GGUCUCACUGAGUUGCUUAGGGCCUUGCUAAGCUGCUGAGGCUGGCUUUGGACUCAGGAUCCUCCUGCCUCGGCCUCCUGAGCCGCUGGGAUUAGAGGUGUGUGCCCUGCCGGCUUCUGUUUGUGUUUCUCUGACACUCCUCCCGAGCUCCUCUUCCUCUCCUCCUCUCCCCUCCUGUCCUGACACGUCCUGCCCCGUUCCCAUCUCUCUCUCCUGCUCAUUUGGCAGCUGAGGAGUAGCCACACCGAGGAACCUGGGUGACUUCCAGACGGAGCCACAGGGCGCUCUCCCAGCUACUGCACUGAACAGCGCGGUGCCUGGUCACAAAUGGCCACUUCACUCUGGGGAUGGGUUUCUGGAAAGAGCACUGCCAGGCCAGGGUCCCUCCUCUGUGACUGCCAGGUGUGGCCAGGUCCCGCCUUGUCAGAGGCACGAGGAGGCUGGGUCCUGGGACUUGGCCUAACCCUUGGUUCUGUCCACCCAGGCUGAGCUCUCCUUGGUCGUCCCCAUGUGCCCUGGCAUAGGACAAGUCCUGCAGUCCCUGGUGGGACCCCAUGGUCCUGGCUCCCAGGCAGCCGUGACCCUGUGUGCAGCUCAGCUGCCUUUGGCAUUGAGAACAGCCACUGUCACGGGAGCUCCUCAGGUCCCCACCAGCCUGUCUUCUUUUAUUUUCUUACAUUUGAUUGAUGGAUGGAUUGAUUGAUUUUUGGUAGGAGGACGGAACCCAGGGGUGUUCCACCACUGAGCCACAUCCCCAUCCCUUUUUAUGUUUUAUUUUGAGACGGGGUCUCACUAAGUUGCUUAAGGCCUUGCUAAGUUUCUGAGGCUGGUCUUGAACCUGAGACCCUCCUGCCUCAGCCUCCCAAGUGGCUGCAAUUGCAGCCUGCCCCACCAUACCCAGUUCUGCUCUGCUCUCGUUUUAAGAUGACCGUCCACUGAGCGCAUCCAGGUGGUAUAGCUGUUUCUCAAGGGCCCUGUGGGGUUGCUCUUAUUUUGCCUGUUUUACAGCAGAGGAGGUGAGGGCUGGAGGUGCAGACAAGUGUCACCCAAGUCCCCAGAGCUGGACAGCACAAGAGUCAGGUGGCCUGGUGAGGUGGACCCCCACGUGCACACGUGUUCCCAUGCCUAAAGAAGUUUCUAAACCAGAGGACGUGGACGUCCUGGUCACGGGUCCCUCGGAGAAGAGCUAGGUGUGGCAGGACUCCCGCCCCCAGCUCCCGGAAGCUGGGACAAGGCAGUCUCUGGCCUCAUGAAGACAUCACAAUAGUGGUCAGUCACCCAGCCAGGCUGCUGGGGCGGCCGUUGCUUCUCUCCUGCUUGUCUCUGGCCACCAAGCCUCACCAUGAGGACUGCUCAGGAUGAGGACCAGGAGAAUGAGGACACGGAACCCCAGGUCACCAGGACACCACUGCUGAAACAGAGGAACAAGGAGGAGCCAAAAUGGAGCCAACCUCAGGGGCCACGGCCUCCUUACAACCGUCCUGCAGGAGGCUCCCGCCCUCAGCAGCCCACAGGUAUGUACACCAACCUGCCCAGGAUCUCGACCUCCUUGCCAAUGCGCACCGUAUGUCCCUACUGUGGCCACCUAGUCGUCACGGAGACCACCCCUGUCCCAGGAAUCCUCACCUGGCUACUGUGCUUAGGCCUCUGUUUCUGUGGGUGCUGCCUGGGCUGUUGCCUUGUGCCCUUCUGGAUUCAAAGCCUGAAGGAUGUGACCCACUCGUGCCCCGUGUGCAAGCACCAUCUCUACCACUACAAACGCAUGUGACCCCUGCCCUGGAAAUAAACCUGCUGACGCUC